CUCAGUCUGGUGCUUCUGUCCUGGCGGUCGGGUGUGCUGCAGGCUGAGAGCAGGGGAGGUGAGCGCUGCCACUGCCUGCGCUGUCUCAGUUCUCGUGCCCAGCUCACCACCCUCAGGCAUGUAGCUGCAUGAUCAGCACUUGCUGAUCAACUCCUGGCUUUCAAGGUUAAAAGAGAAAGGUAAAGAAGAAAAAAAUGGUGUGCUGCUUUAGAGAAUCAGUGGCUUUGUUGAACACACCAUGGGAAGGAAACAGAAGGACAGCGUACUUCUUGCAGCAAGGCUUCCACACAGAGCAACAUUUCCAAGCUACAGUGACAAGCUCACGGGCUGAAGAAUGAAUCAAAGGCAAUCCCUACAGUCAGCUUUUGGACUUUUACCAGAAUCAAGGAGAACUACGCUCUUAAGGACAUCUUGUUAAAUGGGGAAGUGAUUACCCUAUAGACUAUGACAACAGGAUAUGUGAAUGAAGGAAGUCUUGGAAAAUACCGCUGUUCCAGGUGGCAUCACGAGGACAGCAGAGAAGAUGAUGGGCACCAGGAGUGCCAUGGAGAAGAUGAAGAGGGUAAACAGCACAGGCUGACCCCAUUUGAGAAGCUAAUGCAGGAUAUGUGUCAUAAUGAAAAAGUGGUGAAAGAAUUAGCCCUGGGAAAAAGAAUUGCCUUCUAUCGAGUCAGAGGAGAAAUAGGAAGUGGGAAUUUCUCACAAGUGAAGCUUGGAAUUCAUUCCCUAACCAAAGAGAAAGUUGCAAUUAAGAUUUUGGACAAGACAAAGCUAGAUCGGAAGACUCAACGUUUGCUGUCUCGUGAGAUAUCCAGCAUGGAAAAGCUGCACCACCCAAAUAUUAUCAGGCUGUAUGAAGUGGUAGAGACACUCUCAAAACUGCACUUGGUGAUGGAGUAUGCAGGAGGUGGGGAACUCUUCACUAAAAUCAGUACAGAAGGAAAGCUGCUAGAAACAGAGUGUAAAAUAAUCUUCUCACAGAUUGUGUCUGCUGUGAAGCACAUGCAUGACAAUAAUAUCAUUCACCGGGAUCUGAAAGCAGAAAACAUCUUCUAUGCCAGUAACACCUGUGUUAAGGUGGGAGACUUUGGAUUCAGCACAAUAAGUAAAAGAGAUGAAACUUUAAAAACUUUCUGUGGCUCUCCUCCUUAUGCUGCUCCUGAGCUCUUCCGAGAUGAAAACUAUGUUGGCAUCUAUGUAGACAUCUGGGCACUGGGAAUCCUCUUAUACUUCAUGACGACAGGUAGCAUGCCAUUCCGGGCAGAUACAGUAGGCAAACUGAAAAAGUGCAUUCUUGAAGGGACAUACACUUUGCCUCCCUGCCUCUCAGAAGAUUGCCAGAAACUGAUAAAAGGAGUCCUUCAGCCAGUACCAACCAAGAGAUACUCUCUCAAACUGAUUAUGAACAGUGAAUGGAUGCAAGGAAUACAGUUCCCCAAACCUUUACAGACAUUUAAACUGGAUCCUAAGUAUUUAUCAGACAUCAGUACACUCAAAGAAGAAGAAAUGGAAGUGAAAAAUAUUCUGGAAGACCUGGGAAUCACAGAACAGCACAUUCAAAACAACCGGGGAAAAGAUGCACGCAGCUCCAUAACAGGGGUCUACAGAAUUGUGUUGCACAGAGUACAGAAGAAAAGGGCACUUGAAUCUGUUCCUAUCAUGUCCCAGCCAGAUCCAAAAGAAGACUUGAGAAACGGAAUCACUUCUUACAAUGGCAUUAAGCACACAUCCAAGCUGUGUUCUAUUUUGUAAAAUUGCACUGCAGGCUUUAUGCUCAGCACAUCUGACAAAGGGGAUUAUG